AUGUAUAAGCCUUGGAGGCUCGAUAGAUCGCAUGAAGAAGUGCUUAGUAAUCGGGGCAACUUCCCUUCGAUCAAGAACAUUGAGAAAAAGGGAAUCGGUGUAGUGGACAUCGGAAGUAACGGAAUUCGCUUUGGUCUAGUGUCGUCGCUACAAAGACAUUUGCCUGUGGUAUACGAGGAACGUGCUUCGAUCUCUCUAUUCGAAGCUCAGAAUUCGUCAGGGUCGGGCUCCGAACGCAUCCCAAUUCCUGAGGACGUGAUCGAUGACGUGAUUAACUGUUUACAAAGAUUCAAAUACAUUUCUAGACAAUAUAAUAUUGAUGAUGUCAAUGUCAUCGCUACGGAGGCCACUCGUACUGCUCCCAACUCCGUGCACCUUCAGAAUCGAAUACUUGAGGCUACAGGAUGGAAUGUGGAAUUGUUGUCUAAAGCCGAUGAGGCACGUAUUUCGGGAUUAGGCAUCGUUGCUACGUAUCAUGGAGUCGAAGGGUUAGUAAUGGACAUGGGUGGUGGCUCGGUGGAGAUGAACUAUAUUAUGCAUCGCCCCAAAGAAAAUGAUGAUAUCAAGAUGUCCGAAUCUCCUAUAAAUCUUCCUUAUGGUGCUGCCGCGUUGACAAAUUUACUGGAAAAGGAAAACACUCCGCAAAAACGUUCAAAGUUAUUUGAAAAAAUAAAGUGUGAAUUACGGGAUUACUUUGGCAGACUGAAUCCUCCAGAGGAGAUCAAGGAUGAUGAUGGAUACAACGUUUACAUGAGUGGUGGUGGGUUACGCUCAUUGGGUUACUUGAGUAUGUCCGAAACGGAAUCUAAGAUUAACAAGAAAUCCUCAGGCAAUGAAGCCGCGUAUCCAAUACCAAUCAUAAAUGGUUAUGGUACUCCGGCAAAAGAACUUGCAGAAAUCAUCAAACGUUUAGUACCUGUGCACGAUCCAUCGGCUACAGAUAAUUUUGUUAAAAAUAUAUUUCCCGAUGGUAAGCCAUUUAGGAUUAGCAAACGACGUGCUAAACUUCUUCCUGCCGCGUGUUUCCUGCUUGAGGCGGUGAUGGAAGUUAUCCCUUUGAAAUAUGUGUACUUUUGUGAGGGUGGUGUUCGCCAAGGAAAGUGCUUUGACUUGAUGCCCAGAGUCGAACGUCAAAAGGACCCAUUGGAGACUUUCAUACUUUCUCAUCCGUUUCAUCCAAACAACCUUGACACUCAGCAUCAACUGGCCAUAAUUAAAAACGGUAUACCCUCGGUAUUCUAUGACGUUCUUGAUCACGAUGACUCGGUCAAGUAUUCAAUAAAAAGGCCUAAUCGACUCGAACGUCUUUUACCGAGUCUUUUACGCCUUGCAUAUUGGUCAAUGAAUUUGGCCAAAGAAUCUCGACCUAUCUCUGCCUUUUAUUUACCUCUGGCUGGUGGCCCGCUCUGUAAUGCACCUGGCCUCACACAUAUCGAUCGUGCAAUUUUAUCCUGGUGUUUGAUGUGGCGAUACCAUGAAGAUGCCAGUGGUUCCAAGGAUGGUGGCGUCGAAAAGGACAUCAGUAGAAUGGAUCCGAUAUUGUUUUAUGAUGUAAAGAAGAUGAUACCAGCUGGGAAAGAUGGAAGGAAGGUGUGCGAGAUUAUUGGGAAACUUAUAGGAUUCGUAAUUUUAUGCCAGCCGGGUGAUCCAAUGCCGUUAGCGAACCGUGAUGAAAAUCUGUCUGGAAAAGCUGCCAACGAAUAUCCUUAUGUAUAUAAAUUGGCGGUAAAAGAUGACGGUGGUGUUACCACCAUGACGAAAAGAAAAACAUGGAAUAUCGGGUUGACUGUAUUGACAAAAAGUGGUGGAGAGAUGGGUAACGGAUUUUCAUUUUUGACGAAUAAUUCAAUAGUCAGAGAUGCCGGUAAAAAACUGGUGAAGAGCUACGAACUUAAAAAGGAGAAACACGAUGAAUAUCAUCUAGGCGAAAUAAAUGUGCGAGUAAAUUUUUCUGACUCAAUUGAAGACAUUAUUUAA